ACGGACCAUACGCGUCGGGCAUGUCGCGUGCCUUGCUGCAUUCAUCACGGCUAGCAAGUCUCACUUGUCGCUCUCAUCGCUGCAUUGUACCGCAGUUUUCUCAUCGUCGAAUAGACGUCAGGCCCUUUGCACGACACAAUAGUACUGCGACAGAAGCAAGCACUGACGAUCCGUCGCCCUCUGCGGCAGCGCCCUUCCCUUUUCUAUGGCCAUCUCUACCAGAACCUCCCAAGGCCUCACCACAUCAUUUCCCGGCCAUCAUCACAGCGAAUACCAACUCAUUCACAGAUAGGCUAUUCAUCAAAUUACUCUCAGUCCUAGUCAAUCACUCCUGGUUGAAUCGGAGCAUGAAUUGGGGGUUGAUCAAUAUGCUUGUUACGCAGCGAGAAAUGAGCCUUCAGUUCAUCAAGGGCUCUGGGUAUGCGUUUGGUGAGUUUCUAGCAAGGUUGAGUGGGGAGAAGGAGGAACCCUGGCAAGCACUAUGUACGGAUGAUUUUGCAUCAUUUCUGGAAGCCAAGUUGGCAGCGAGUCAGGUGAAGGGGAGUAAGAUGCAGAUUGCAACGCUGAACCAACCGAAAGUGGACCUACAACUGGCCAUGCGUGAUUGCUGGCUCUGGCUCGGUAAGCAAGAGGCCUUUGUCCUCGACGAUGGGAAAGUGGGUGGUAUCAAGGAUUCCGAGUCACUCAGGGAUCCCAAAUCUCGGACUGUCUGUGUACAGCUGCCCUUCACUGCAUUGGUACAGGAACCCACAGAAGACGGGACUUCCAUUCCACCACUCGACUAUGCAGGUGAAGCUGGAAUUCGCUUUGCAGUGGAUGUGGAGAUGGAAGGCGAGUUUGUGUAUGCGUAUGAGGGCGAGGAGAUGCGAGUGACCCGGCAGACCGUGGUUCGCUUCUCGUCGCAGCACUUUCCUGCGUAUCGCUGCAAAACGGAUGCUGAGCGGAGUGCGCGGAUAUUCAAGAUUCGCGAGUCGUUGGAGUGGAAGAUAUGGGAUGUGGACUACGUGUACCAGUCCUCUGCCUGGUCUGAUCACCGGGCCGGCGUGUAGGAAGCACUCUCUGCAUGAAUAUAUCCAAUAUCCAAUAUAUAUCCAAUAUAUAGCCUGGUGAAUGUCGCUUCUUUCCCUUCCAUCGCCCGAAACGACACAGAAGCAGCACAGCACAUUCGAGAUAUCCAGCAGGAUCACAGGGCCAGCUACAGAGAGACAAGGCAGAGGAUAUCGUCGGACAAGAGCAACAGAACACACAGGACCGGAUGUCCAUCUUCACGCGGGACCAGCUCCUGCAUCUGCGGGAAUCACCGCUCGUAGCCGCCAUUAAUCCCGAGCUGCCACCGUGGAUCUCAAGUGAAGCCAUUGAAAAGGCGCAGAAGGAACCGCGUGUUGCUACGCGCAUCGCUGGACCUGUUACAACGAAACCUG